UCAGUUUUAUUAUUUCACAAUAUGUAGGCUUUUCAAGUAUAUUUUUGAUUUUGAUGCUUUGGUAAUCUUCUUACAGGCACCACCUGUCAACUGUUUUGAGCUUAUUCUGUUGACAUUGGUAUGUUAUUGCAAGGUGCACUUUCUAGCUAUGCCGUUAUGUGAUGUAGCUACUUGCUACUUGCUACUUAAUAGGUCUCUUUUCUCAAUUAAGCUUACAAUUAUAUAGCCGGUUUUGAUAGUACAUCCAGCCCAUCUGUCUCUUUUCUCUUGCAGUUUAGAUAAUUAAAUUUAAGGAUUGAGGAAUAGGGUGAACCUAUCUUCAUGCCAGUUUACGUGAUGAACGAUGAAUGUGACCGUCUCUCAUUGGGGACAAUCUCUAUGAAAUGUUUGUCCCAAGUAAAGCUCAAUGAUAGAAAACUUGCUAAACCAACACAACCAAUAAUGUCCCGACACGUAGCAUAUAUUCCCGCAUACAAAGAACUAUAUAUAACGCUCUUGUGCGGAUAACCCUGAUCAAUUGUGAUACACGUUGUGUUUGGCAUAGUUUCAUAGUUUGGGAAUCAAACACGUUAAAAGGAUUAAAUUAUAAUUAUAAUGCGCAUAUAUCCUUUUCCUUUUUCUUAUUUUUAAUUCAACCGUCAUAGGUCAUUGCAGUUAGGUCUCAACGUACGUACUAGGCAAAUUAGCUAAACUCGACGGAAUAGACCAUGUUGAUGACUCCAACAUUUCCAUCUGCUCGAAUACAUGCAUCGCGGUCAUAUAUAGUCUGGCUUAACUCUUCUUUAUCAAUCUCGGUACCAUCUGAAAAGCUUACUUUGGUAGGACAUUCCACCUGACGCUAAGAUAUCGGAUGUUUCAAAAGAGACAUGGUAAUUAAGCAUCGUGAGCAAGGUUGAGGGUGAUAUCCAGUGAGCAUAGAGGAUGGAUUUGCGGGUGGUGAGUUGGGCAUUGAUGUAAUGAGUUGGGCUUGAUGUGAUGGGCGUUCGUACGGAAGAAACAAGUAAUUAGGGGUCAAAGUGAAAAAAAAAAAAAAUAGUUAAGGCCGUGGACCAAUAGUGCAAUAAAUUAAAGACUAAGGAUCUAAUUAAAAAGAGAGAAAUGAUCGAUGGGAACCAAAAUAAAAGAUAGGAUGUCGGAAUAAGUUAUGCGAUGAUAGGAAUGAUCUUGGCGUUUAUUACUCGGUAGGAUACUAUGUAAUUUAUCUUAUUUUCAAAAAAUAACUUGAAUGCGGAAUAUAUUGUUCUAUUUUAGACAGUUGACCACCCGGCGCACUAGCUAGCCUUCACUUCUAAUAAAAAUAAUUCUCACACUAAAUAAAAAUAUCACUAGAUAACUCAUAAUUUUUCUAGAUAUCUAAACAAAGCAUUUGAAUAUUUUGUAUUAAAAAAAGGAGAAAAUGACUAGAUUGGAGUGGAAAUAUUUGGCUUUUGGAUAGUGAUUCUGUAUGAUGCAUAUAUCCAAAAGUAAAUGUAUGUAUGUGUGGCAUUGCUCCAAGAUAAAUAUAUACUAUCUAUACGCUCAAAAGUGCGUGUAAUUAGUACCCACCAUGCAUACAAAAGUUUAUACAUUUUUUAGAGAUUUCGAAAAUUAACUAUAAAAUGAUUGAUAAGACUGGUGUGGAGAUACACAUCAUGGGAGGGAUAAAUGUAAGAUUUUUAUUCAUUGUUUGAAUGUACAUAGUGAUAACAUUAAUCGGUAGCUCUUUGUCAGUGAUUUAGAAAAAUUUCAGUUCAACCCUAGUCUUUGGUCUAACAUUACUAGCUAAAAUGGGGUGUUAAAAAGGUAUCAUUCUAGUACCCUCUGUAGAAGAGGAAGGGUUAUGCAACUGCUUCAAUCAAAAUCUUCAAAACUGUCGGUGAAAAUCAGAAGGCCAUUGACAACUUUUGGAUUCACUUUGUAUUUAUGUGAGCAAUUUUAUGAGUGUAUUUAAUGUAUAAUUGUUUAUAAAUAGAGGGGUACGUCGUUGGGGCCAAGGUAGAGAGUAGAGAGAGUAUAUUUGUAAUUUUUAAAUUUUGCAGAAUCGCUACUCUUAUUUUCUUUUCUUGCACUUGGUCUUCGACGGUGAAUAUGUCCCGACUAAUAAGAUCGAGAAAGGCUUGCUUAUUUUCGAGUAAAAACACACGCACUGCACGGCCUUUAGCCAGCAAAAUUAUUAAACCCAUUACAUUUUACUCCAAAGGUGUAAAACUUGUCAUAUACACUCACUUUUUGAAUGCAAAUAUUGUAACAUUAAUUAGUAGCUCUUACUCUCCAAGAGGUGUAACACUUGCCCCCAACGUACUCUCUGACCUGUAUGUUCCGUUUCAGUACCAAGGCUUACACGUGUCACCACUUAGGUUGGCUUUAACCUCUACUACCCUUUGUCACCCUUUUGGGCUUAAAACUCUCUCAAACUCCUCCUCUACAAGGAAUCCACUCUCUUUCUCCUUCUCUUUAUGUUCCCUUACUCCUCCUUACUCCCAAUGGCCCCAAACCCUACAGAAACAGAGCUCCCAAAUCAAAGCUUUGAGCAACAUGUUGAAGCCCUAGACCUCACCCUGGGCCUCUCUCUCCCCCAAAGACCACCCACUUAUGAUAAUGUUCUUGGCAUGCACUGUUCCAACCCUAACCCUAACCCUAACCCUGACCCUAACCCUAACUUGACGUCGUCUGAUCCGCUAGUCGCGCCAUGGCCAUUGCUUGUUCCGAAUAACGAUCCCUACAGCACUACCCGAUGCUUGCGAAAUCCAAACGCUUACGUGAUGAUGCCUUGCUGGGUUGCACCGGAUCGCGGUGCAAUGUUCGCAGCACAGAUGCAGCAUGUCAAUGGUAAUGAGAAUGCAGGAACUGGUGACUUAGCUCGAGCUCCUACAGCAGUGGGUCCAUUUCAUGGGGGCAGUAGCAGUAGAGGAUCCUCGUGCGUUCGCGAGGAAAGAAAACGUUGUGAGAUUCCAGGGGCCUUUUCGGGCGAUACCGUCGAGCACACACUGAGCAACAUUCCUUCUAGCUCUGCGCUUCGUCCCCGCAGAAUUGCUGAGCCGGUUCCGAGCAUAACCAAUGGAUCGGUCUCAGGAGUAGAGCUCACUAAUGGCGCUACAAUGAGGAGGCUUGUGGACUUAUCAAGAACACAGCAGAUUCUGCUUGUGACAUGCUCAAGUAAUAGUGAACGUCCCUUCAAUGGAGAGGCUAUGAUCACAGUUGGUUUACUCUACAAAUACACCAGCAGAGACGAAGUUAGAAUUUCAUGUGCGUGCCAUGGGAGCUCCUUCUCACCAGAGGAGUUUGCGAGGCAUGCUGGGUGCACUGAUACUUCGCAAGCAUUAAGAGAGAUUGUAGUUCAUGUCCCUUUGUAGAAGAUUAACUUAAUAACAUGUACUUCGAUCUUUUCAUGUUGCAUGUAAUAAUAUCGUGGGGAUUCGAACUUAGGAUAUUUCCCUCUUGAUAUGAUGUGAAA